AUGACGAUCCUACUGACGUUAUUGCUCGUUGCUGCUACUCAGGGCGAGACGAACGCCGGAAGUUGUAAGGACAUGUUACAAGGUUAUCUGACCGGACGACUGUCGUCUGCUCUAGGAGCUUACCAGGUAGAAGCUUUGAGGCGGGAAUUCAAAAGUUUUACUGAUGUGUUAGAAAAAUCUAUGAAGAAGUUUAAGGAGACAAUGAAAUCCGAAGUCAAUACAUACAUUGGUAACAGCAGUGUAGUUUACACCAGAUGGGGAAAGAAAACGUGUCCAUCUAAUGCCGAGUUAGUUCACUCAGGGUUUACCGGAGGCUCUCAUUAUACCCACAAAGGAGCCGCUGUAGAACCUCUUUGUUUACCGAGAAAUCCAGAAUGGGGGUUGUACAAUGAUGGGUACGAUGCAUACAAAAAUUUAGUUUUUGGCGGAGAGUAUCAAACAGGGUCCUUUACAGGCAACAUUAGAACAGUUGAUAAUCACGAUGUUCCAUGUGCUCUUUGUCUGGUUCGACGAAAAUCCGUUGUUCAGAUGUUUCCAGCAAGAAAAACGUGUUACAGAGGAUGGACAUUGGAAUACCAUGGCUACCUUAUGGCGGGUUUUUAUGAUCAUGUUGCUGGAACAACCUUCACCUGUGUUGAUAGUCAUCCCGACACUUUGCAUGGUGGUUCUAACUUCAAGGGUGGUAAACUCUUCUAUCCUGUAGAGGCUCAUUGUGGUUCCUUGAAGUGUCCACCUUAUGUAGCAGGAAGAGAACUUGUGUGUGCUGUUUGUUCGAAAGAUUAAAACAUUAUAA